UGAAGAGUUGAGCAGAAUUUGACAAUGGAGGCAAAAUCCAUAGCCGUCGUAGUGGAGGGGAUGACCUGCAAUUCUUGCGUUCAAACUAUUGAACAACACGUUGGGAAAAUGAAUGGCGUCCAUAACGUUAAAGUAUCUCUGGAGGAAAAGAAUGCAGUUAUCAUUUAUGACUCAAAACUACAGACUCCAGGGACUCUGCAGGAAGCAAUACACGACAUGGGAUUUGAUGCUACGUUGGCUGAUUCAAACCCACAACCUGUUUUACCUGACACUAUUUUUCUUACUAUUCCUACUCAGUCAACUUUAACAUCUAAACAGAUUCGUAGUACGCUACUGAAAAACAAAGGUAUUCUGGAUGUUAAAAUGUCCUCUGACCAAAAAACUGCAGUGGUGACUUUCAUUUCUUCCGUUGUAAGUGGCAAGCAGAUUAUCCAAAUGAUCCCAGGAGUAGAUUUAGGCGUUUCAGCACCAGAGGUAACUCCUGGAACUUGUGAAGAUGCCAGCUGGUCUCAAGCUAGCAGUGCUGUGCUGCGCCUGAAAGUGGAGGGGAUGACCUGUCAUUCCUGCACCAGCACCAUUGAAGGGAAGAUUGGCAAAUUGCAAGGAAUUCAGCGGAUUAAAGUGUCCCUGGACAAUCAGGAAGCUGUUGUCGUGUAUCAGCCUCAUCUCAUUACAGCGGAAGAAAUAAAACAUCAAAUUGAAGCUGCGGGUUUCACAGCAUCUUUCAAAAAGCAGCCCAGACCUCUCAAGCUCAGUGCUAUUGACCUGGAAAGGUUGAAGAACGCUCAAACCAAAGGCUCUGAAACAAUACUGAGAGAAAACUCAAAGAAUGCAAAUGAUACAGAGACCAUUGUCUUCAGAGUUGAUGGCAUGCAUUGCAAUUCAUGUGUCCUCAAUAUUCAGAGUACUAUAUCAGCACUCCCAUCAGUAACAAAUAUAGUUGUUUCGUUAGAGAAGAAAUCUGCUAUUAUAAGCUACAACCCAAACUUAAUUAGCGUAGAUGUACUGAGAAAAGCCGUAGAGGCAGUGUCCCCAGAGACGUUCAAAGUCAGCCUUCCUGAUGAGUAUGAGGACACAGCGGUUUUCAGCACACUGGCAUCUCCAAUGAAAUCGCUUCCUGUCGACUUAAAGGAUGCUAGUCAGCCCCUUACUCAAGUUGUUGUGAUAAAUAUUGAAGGAAUGACUUGUAACUCUUGUGUGCAGGCUAUUGAGGGAGUCAUAUCCCAAAAGACAGGUGUAAAAUCAAUACGUGUUUCUCUUUCAAAUCAUAAUGGGACUAUAGAAUAUGACCCCCUGCAGACAUGCCCAGAAGAUUUGCGAUUCUCAAUAGAAGAUAUGGGAUUUGAUGCUUCUUUAUCAGUCUUUUCUCCAGCAAAGACAGAACUCCCUGUGGUGAUAACUCGACUUUUGCCCGAAGUGCAGCUGGAAUCUCACAGAACAGAGCCUCCCUCCAAAGCAUCACCGCUCCACAUCGCUAAACACGAGACAAAGACUAUUUCCAAGUGCUACGUCCAAGUCACAGGCAUGACGUGCGCUUCAUGCGUAGCAAACAUUGAGAGAAAUUUGAGAAGAGAAGAUGGAAUACAUUCAAUACUUGUGGCCCUAAUGGCAGGAAAGGCAGAAGUGAGGUAUAAUCCUGCUAUCAUACACCCAUCAGCUAUUGCAGAGCUAAUACGGGAACUGGGAUUUGGAGCUACAGUGAUGGAAAACUAUGAUGAAGGAGAUGGAAUUCUGGAACUUGUUGUGAGAGGAAUGACGUGCGCUUCUUGCGUGCAUAAAAUAGAAUCCACCCUCAUGAAGACUAAUGGUGUGUUAUACUGCUCAGUAGCUCUUGCAACUAAUAAAGCACACAUUAAAUAUGAUCCUGAGAUUAUAGGUCCUCGAGAUAUCAUACAAAUGAUAAAGGAUUUAGGUUUCACUACUUCUUUAGUCAAAAAAGAUAGAUCUGCUAGUCAUCUAGACCACAAACAGGAAAUAAGGCAGUGGAGAAGGUCAUUUCUUGUCAGUCUGGUUUUCUGUAUUCCUGUCAUGGGGCUGAUGAUUUACAUGAUGAUUAUGGACAGUCAGCUUGCAGAUGCUCACGCGCAUCACAACAUGAGCGCUGCGGAAAUGGAGACCCUUCACUCCUCUAUGUUCCUGGAGCGCCAGCUCCUGCCAGGAUUAUCUGUCAUGAAUUUUCUGUCAUUUUUACUCUGUGUCCCUGUACAGAUGUUUGGAGGCUGGCACUUCUAUAUUCAAGCGUACAAAGCACUGAAGCACAAAACUGCAAACAUGGACGUGCUUAUUGUUUUGGCAACUUCCAUUGCGUUUGUCUACUCGUUCGUUAUUCUCCUGGUUGCCAUGGCCGAGAAAGCAAAAGUAAACCCUGUGACUUUCUUUGACACACCUCCCAUGCUAUUUGUGUUCAUCUCAUUAGGCCGGUGGCUAGAGCAUGUUGCAAAGGGUAAAACAUCAGAGGCACUCGCAAGACUGAUUUCAUUACAAGCUACCGAAGCAACUAUUGUUACCUUGGGCCCUGAUAACAUUCUCUUAAGUGAAGAGCAAGUUGAUGUUGAACUGGUUCAACGAGGUGAUAUUGUCAAAGUGAUUCCAGGAGGCAAAUUCCCAGUGGAUGGCCGUGUUAUUGAAGGGCACUCUAUGGUAGACGAAUCCCUCAUCACAGGUGAAGCAAUGCCUGUGACUAAAAAACCUGGCAAUACAGUCAUUGCAGGUUCCAUUAAUCAGAAUGGGUCGCUGCUGAUUUCAGCAACCCACGUUGGAGCUGAUACAACUCUAUCCCAGAUUGUCAAGCUUGUGGAGGAGGCCCAAACCUCAAAGGCUCCUAUCCAGCAAUUUGCAGACAAGCUUAGUGGCUAUUUUGUUCCUUCUAUUGUGGCUGUCUCUGUGGUUACCCUUUUUGCCUGGAUUAUAAUUGGAUUUGUGGAUUUUGAAAUAGUAGAAAAAUACUUUCUGGGUUACAAUAAAAGUAUUUCUGCAGCUGAAGUGAUAAUCCGCUUUGCUUUCCAAGCCUCUAUCACAGUCUUGUGUAUUGCAUGUCCCUGUUCUCUGGGAUUAGCAACCCCAACGGCUGUGAUGGUGGGUACUGGAGUAGGAGCUCAGAAUGGCAUACUGAUCAAAGGAGGAGAGCCUCUAGAGAUGGCACAUAAGGUAAAGGUGGUUGUAUUUGACAAAACAGGUACAAUUACUCAUGGGACGCCAGAAGUGAUGCAGGUGAAGUUUCUAGUGGAGAGUAACCGAAUACCGCAUAAUAAAAUGCUGGCGAUUGUGGGGACCGCAGAAAGUAAUAGUGAACACCCUCUUGGAGUAGCAAUAACAAAAUACUGCAAAAAGGAGCUGGACUCAGAAACUCUAGGGACAUGUACAGAUUUUCAGGUCGUUCCAGGAUGUGGCAUUAGCUGUAAAGUCAUCAAUAUUGAAGCAUUACUCUACCGGAAGAAUAAAAUGAUUGAAGAAAACAAUAUUAAAAAUGUGACACUUGUGAAAAUUGAGGAAAACGCUGAGGAAUCAAUGCAGCCUGCUUUGAUUAUUGAUGCUGAACUACCAACUACUUUGACUUCUCAAAAAUACUCUGUUCUCAUUGGGAACCGGGAAUGGAUGAAUAGAAAUGGCCUCGUUGUUAAAAGUGAAGUAGAUAAAGCCAUGAUUGAACACGAACGGAGAGGUCGCACAGCAGUUCUGGCAGCUAUUGAUGGGGUGCUCUGUGGCUUGAUAGCUAUUGCUGAUACUGUGAAACCAGAAGCUGAGCUGGCUGUCUACACUUUGAAGAGUAUGGGAUUAGAAGUUGUCCUAAUGACUGGUGACAACAGCAAAACAGCAAGAUCUAUUGCCUCUCAGGUUGGCAUCACCAAAGUGUUUGCAGAGGUUCUUCCCUCCCACAAAGUAGCCAAAGUGAAACAGUUACAGGACGAAGGAAAACGAGUGGCCAUGGUUGGAGAUGGUAUCAAUGACUCCCCAGCCCUUGCUAUGGCCAAUGUGGGAAUUGCUAUUGGCACAGGCACUGAUGUAGCCAUUGAGGCAGCUGAUGUGGUUCUAAUUAAGGACGACUUGAUGGAUGUGGUAGCGAGUAUAGAUUUAUCAAGGAAGACUGUCAAAAGGAUCCGGAUCAACUUUGUCUUUGCUCUAAUUUAUAAUCUUAUUGGAGUUCCCAUAGCUGCUGGGGUCUUUCUGCCCAUUGGUUUGGUUCUGCAGCCCUGGAUGGGAUCUGCAGCAAUGGCUGCCUCCUCUGUUUCUGUUGUGCUUUCUUCUCUGCUAUUAAAGAUGUACCAGAAACCAAGUUCUGAGAAACUUGAGUUCCGGGCCCGUGGCCAAAUAAGACAGAAGAGUCCAUCAGAAAUUAGUGUCCAUAUUGGAAUUGAUGAAACUGGGACAGGCUCUCCUAAACUGAGCUUAAUGGAUCGAAUCAUCAACUACAGCAGAGCCUCUAUAAAUUCUCUCUUUUCAGACAAGCGUUCAGUGAACAGCAUAGUUCUUAAUGAACCAGACAAGCAUUCACUUCUGGUGGGAGAUUUUGGAGAAGAUGAUGACACAGCGUUAUGAGAGACUUGAAGGAGAAAAAAGGAGGAAAAAAAAAAAGAACAACUGAACAGCUGUCUAGAAGUCUGCACAUGCACUGAUUAUUUCUGGAGGUCUGGAUUUACAGAUGGUUUUUCUAACUUUCUGGGGUGUAAUCUCAUCUUUAUAGAUAUUUCAUUUUUAAUGUUGAAGAUGAGCUUAUUUUCAGUGACCUUACAGUAUUUUUUUUUUUUAAACUAAAUGAAAAAGGGGCAAUGGCUGCUAAUGCUUGCAGACAAAGCUGUGUUAUCAUGCCAUGGAGCUUGUAGUACUACGUUUUUUGGCAAAAUACCAAAAUACAGUUAGGGAAAUUAAGGAACCGGAAGUUCAUUUUUCAGCUUUGCAACAGGCUGCUUCUUCCACAGUUAAGUUUAAUACUGUAUUUAAAAUGUAUAAAUUACUGUAUCUGUAAAAUACUGAAAGUUCUGUGUUUGCAAGUAGAUGUGCCUUACUUCAAAACUUCCAGGAUCGCUCUUGGUUUCCACCCCUUUUACCUCCUCUCUUUUCUUCUGUAAACAUCUGGUUCCAGCUUUUCACACUCCUAGCUUCAAAACCUCUCAUCUGCAAUCUGGAUUCCUGCUAGGCAGAAAUUACUGAGAGGAUUUGGGUUUGCUUCCUAACGUCAUAUCCCCAUUUAGCAAUAUGUACCCAUGCCCCCAUACACUCCUGCUGCUGCAAUUGUCUGCUUGAAGGUUGAAUGGGGAGAUCUGCUCUUUCGCGGUCUCUCCGAAGCCAAAAACUCUUGCAGCAUCUGACUAUGAUAUGAAUGUGAUAGGCUAUUAGCUGAAAUAUUUGGGUUUUUGAAAGGUAUCAAUGUUUAAAGUAGUUAGCACCCACUGCCAGAAUUUAAAAGCACUCCUUAAAUGAAUCAAAUUGGUUUGGACUGGGGUCACACAAGCUACCUUUGGAGUCUCCACAGUUGAGUAUCUGUAGGUAUCUGACAUCAUCAAAGAAUCUGUUAUAUCUCUUAGAUAUAACACCAAUGUCAGUUGCUUGUAAAGAUAUGUUAAGUGUCCAUAUACCAGGAGUGGUCCAGAAUCCACCCCAUAGAUCUAAACCUCCGUAGUUUGGGAUGCUCAGAUCCAGACUUUGUGAAAUAAGCCUGACUUCAUUUGCUACAGAGCCGAAUUCUCAAAACGUGGGUUUUGAUCGAUAAAUCAUGAUGAUUAAAAAUAUUCUCAAUGAGAAACAAAGUUGGUGUUCAUCACCCUGUAGCUACCUAUUUGUUACUUUGGAAACCUUGUCCUUUAAAUCCAUUGCUGUGACAGUCUAAAGCAGUUACUAGGUUUAAUAAUGUUGAACUACAUCAUGAAGUAUCAUCCAUGGUAUGAACAGGUAACUCCUGUUUGUGUUUGAGAAGUAUCUAGUUCAGAGUAAGAUGAAGAGAUCUCUGGAAUGUUCUGUGUUUUAGCUUGAAGACUGAUGUCAAUGCAUAGAUCACAUAUGCAAAAAAGUCAUAAAUAGCUUUUACAUUUUGUUUGAGAGCUACCAGGGAGAAUACAGUAUCUGAAGACAGAAGAGUUGUGCUGUGGAAUAUAUUGUUAGUAAAUCAUACUAACUUGUCAUAGGCUUGUCAUAUUCCAAUGAGGAGAAUAACGUAUAACUUGUAAUUGUUGCAUUGUUAAGAAACAAUGCAUUUCUGUGGCAGUUUAGGUACUUAAUAUUGUUAAGUGAAUAUACUUUUUUAUCUUUUGAUUAUAGCUGCAUGUAUCUAUUGCAGUGUUAAGAAAUGCUGAGAUACGCUACUGCAAAGCCAUUCCAUAAGGUGAUGCUCUCAAUGAUUGACAACAAAGCUGUUUCCUGCAAAAAGAUAACUACCUAGAAACCAACAGAAUAUUAUCAAACAACUUUUAGUGCUUCAGGACUGUGUAAACUGCUUCCAAAAGAUUUCAGCUUGCUUGUUUAUCCACGCUUGUUCUCUGUGUUGUUCUUGGCAAGGUGCUGCAGAUGAAGCAGGAAGUCUUCUGCAUUUUAAUCUGGAUUGUGCUGACAACUGGCUGUCUUAAUUACACAGUGAAGAUGUAAGGCAGAUACUAACAUGUUUACGGAUGAGAGUAUCCCUAUUGCAGGUGCUGGUCCAACCCAUGGUUAUGAUACGUAUGGCAUGUAAACGACUUCAAGGUCUUACUGCAGGAAACAGAGUUAGUAAUUUAGGGUUAAAUUCCUGGUUGGUACCUGGAACGGUGAGAAGAACUUAUUUAAUUCUUCCCAUAUAUAUUUUUAUAGCACUUAAAGCUAGAAGCCUAAGUUGUAUGUAGGUUGGAUGCUUACAGUAGGAGUGCUGGCUGUAUCUCCAACUUUUUCCCAAUGCAGAAGCUCCUUUCUAAGGAGCUAUCUGUUUCCUCUUAAUAUGAAACCCAGCAUUUGAUCCAGUUACAGCAAAAUAAGACUGCUUUUCAAAACUGAGAUACUUCAGACAGGUGCGGAGAUGAUCACGGAGGGAGGAAAUAAGGAGGAAUGCAACGGGUGGCCGAGAGGGCACAGGAUAGCUACUUGUAAAUUUAGUCAGAGGAGCAAACUCGGAAGAAAUAAGAUAACGACCAGUGUUAGCCCAAGAAUGAAUGGAUGGCAGUGCUAACUUUAGGCUUUAAUUGUGAUGAAGCUUUUUAACUAAAACAGCUGUGAGGCUCUGAGACGGCUUCCAUUAGAAACUGUAUCGGUGGAAACAGAACUGCUGUCAAGUUAAUUCCCUAGAAGAGGAUGGUGUGAAGGGACGCCUGUGAGCAGCAGUUGCCAGGAUUUGCUGUCCCAGGCAGUCCCUUCCAAUCCCGUUUUCCUCUUAGGUGUCUGAAAAUGUCUUUGAACUUGAAUUCAUACACAGUGCAUUUAAGUAUUCAGUAUUGUAUAGCUGAUCAAGGAAACCCGAGUCCAGAUCUUUGAAAACAGGUUGUCAUCCCCUGUCCCCCAGUAAAUGUGUAAUAUUGACUUACAGAAUGUUUAUCUUGUGAUUGAAAUAGUUUAUAAGGUGCUUUAAGUUGAAGAACCAAAAUAUUUUUUUCAGUCUGAAUGUACAAUGCAAGUGAAAUAAUGUGAGAGGCAAAUGUUUUCCCAAAUGUAAAUGUUUUAAUAUGUAAAUAUUUUAAUCCUGUUGGAGGCAACUUGAAAUCAGGAGUUUAAAAUGUCACUUGGAAAUACACAGUUACAAAUGAAAUUAUGUAUUACUAGUUUGUCUAUGUUGUUGUUUUCUAUGACUAGCUAUUUAUAAAAACUGUGCUUUAUUUAAAAAUGAAACAGUACAUAUGCUCAAGGCUUUAAAAAUCACUUUUUGAAUCUUUAUUAAUAACCUUUUAAAAGAGUAGGCACUUAAUUUUAUACAAAAAAGAAUGUGAAACUUGCAAAACACAAUGGGAGCAAGCAAGCCAUUUUAUUUAUUUACAGUGCAAAUAGUGUUUAUUUCCUUGCUCAAAAUGGAAGUUCCAACCAAAUAUUUUAAAUUUGUAAGUUUUCUGGUUUUGAUUCCUUAUGGAGGAAGGAGAGAGAAGUGAAUGCUAUUAUGGCAAGCUAAUGUUUAGUGCUGUUACAUUUCUUUACAUAAACAUGCAGUUUCACACUUCCUAUUCUGUUAAGACUGUGCCUCCAUUAUCCUAAUGGUAAUUAUAAACUAUAUAAUAAAGAUGUAACAUCCAAA